GCAUCACGCAUUUCACAACAGCACCAUAAUGAUCCGCUUGAUUGUGUUGGCGUUGAGCCAUAACAUAGUAUUUGGCAAUGAUGAACUCGCCGUCGUCACAGUAGGUUGCAGAGAUGACAUAACUUUGCACUGUACUUUCCUUCAAAACUGUCUGAACUACACCUCUAUUACGUGGUACAAGUUGAACAAUAACAGCAGUGACGGAUCUACAAUGAAAAUCCUCAAAAAGUCAGAAAAUGUCAUCCAGACUGAUAAACACAACGAUUCUGUGUCACUGAAAAAAAACGCAGCUUUGGUCUUAAGGAAAGUUACUCAAGCUGAUUCUGGGGUGUACACGUGUUUAAUUAAAGCCAAAGCUGGUGGAAAGAACUGUCCAAAUUGGGUUAGACUUAAUAUCUCAGAUUGUGUGUCAACACCUUCACCCAUCAUCUUUGAAUUCUCCACUAAGUUUAUUAAUGGAUCAUGGCCAAGCAUCAGCAUCCCAUUGCCUCACGUGAAUGACUAUUCAGUGCUUUUUGUCCUGUGGGGUUGUGUAGGACUCGCUGUGAGUAAAAUCAUCCUCAGUGCCAUUUCCAUAUGCGUUUUCAAGAAGCUCAGAAAACUUAAAAGAAGACAGACAUGAGACCAACCACUGUUUAUCAUUACCUUGUUUGUUUGCAGUUUACUCACCAUACCUUGGACAUUCCUUAGAUUCUGCAAACUUGUGUAAAAGACCAUUGGAUGGUUUAGUAAUUUAACAUGUUAAUAAUUAAUCUGUGAAUUUACCUAUGAAUCAUGAUACUCUGAGGAACUGAUAUGUUAUAUUUAUUUCCAAAAUGUCAUAAGGGCGAGAAAUGGCAGAACAUUUUCUUAAACUUUGAAAUUAUGUUUGGAGGAACUAUGCAUAUUGAAAACUGUUCUGAUGCAUAAUCCACAUUUAAUACACUGCAAAAGAACAAAUUUAUCUUCAUUAUGGAUUUAUCUUACUAGUGUUAUUCUUGUAUUAUUUAUGUACAUUUA